CACACCCUCUCCGGCAUAUAACCUCAAACCGUCGGCGAGCUCGUAUCGCGUCGUCUCGCUCGACGUCGAUCGCCGUGCGUUCUUCGCACGCUGGCCGGGUUGCCCGAAUGUGUGUGGCGCGGUUUCUGCUGUCGCAGCGGGUGUUUGUGAGUUCUUCGAGUCUCUCACCACAUGCGACUUCCAGAAUCCGAUGUGUAUGAUGAAAGGGGCUUAUUAGUAUGCUGGAUAAGCGGCGGCUUCAUGCCUCCGGUACGUCGCCAUGCACCCUCAUCUUCGUGGUCGUUUUGGCACUAACUGGAUGCUUCUCGUUUUGGAUCCACAUCGAUGGCUCAGGAUCGCCGAUGCCGUACUCCGGCGCCGGUGUGGCCGGGUAUACCCUUAUAUUUCCCGGCAACGUCACCACGCCAUUCCCGCAACCCUACUCGGUAAACGAACUUCCGUCCGAUGAUAAGUCCACGCUAAUCAACAUCAAGGACUUCAGAUUCACCAUCAACCACAGUCCAUGCAAUCGCACGCAACCGUUGCUACUGAUGUUGGUGCACUCGGCGCCGGAGAAUUUUCUCAAGAGACACGUCGUACGGGAAACCUGGGGUCAACAAACGCCGGACGUGACUUUAUUAUUUCUCGUGGGAUACUCGGAGAAGUAUCAGUCCAAACUCGAGGAGGAGAACAAGAAAUACCAAGACUUAAUACAGGGAAGCUUUCUCGAUGCCUAUAGAAAUAUGACUUACAAGCACGUUAUGGGAUUAAAGUGGGCUACUUAUUAUUGUCCAAGUGCCAAAUAUAUACUUAAAUUAGACGACGACGUUUUUGUUCAUUUACCGGCCAUGCUGGACUUUCUCACGCACGGCCUGUCGCCCUGGGGUGCAAGACGUCUGAUUCUCUGUGAUCUUCUGUCGGCUUCCGCAGUCAAGAGGUCUUGGCGCUCGAAAUGGCGGGUCUCCCCCCAGGAGUAUCCCGGUAGACUUUAUCCCGCGUACUGUGCCGGAUGGGCGAUCCUCUACUCACCCGAUAGUGUAUUUAUACUGUACCGCGAGGCCCAGAAGGAGCCGUAUUUCUGGAUCGACGACGUGCACAUUACCGGCACACUGGCUAGGAAAGUAAACCUAACGCAAACCUCAUUACACUCUUGGGUGCUCACGACCGACAGCAUGCGGGACCUGCUGUCGAACCCGGGCGCUCGGCGAGAUUUUCUGUUCGGGCCUCCGGACUUAACGGAGAGCGGAAUACGAGCCUUAUAUAGUCUGGUUACUAAACCACGGCCUAGCAGCGAAAGCCUAUUGAAUUAACGUCUACUAAUAGAACAAUUUCGUUAUAUGUAAUUCGGUCGCCGUAACCGCGACGAGUCGCAGGCGGGUUGAGAUGAGAUGCGAGAAGGUGGCAAAGGGUCUAGCGGAUCUAGCGCGAACACUCUUGUGUAUUUGCCGCGUGUAUCAAUUCCACAUCAGUAUACCCGGCUGACGUCGCUUUACGACGUCAGUCGGUGUUCAAUUGUUUGCACAAUGUACAAAUGCCAUGCUACUCGUAAUAUGUCACAUGAUGGUGCGUUACGUAAGUGCAUAUGUUGCACACGCGUGCAUACAACCGCCGGCAAACGCAUAUGCUCUUGUAACGAACUAUUAUGGACUUUGAUUGAUAUUAUUUAGAUCUUGCCGGUAUUAUGUCUCGAUUUAUUCGCUUGUCAACUCUAUUAAUUUUAAGGACUCGCUUCGUUAGUCGAAACGUGAUUCUGGACUGUCGCUCAGUAAUCAGGGCUUGUGGACUGAACUUCUUCUUCAGUUUCCUGCACAAAACGUUGUUAUUUUUAUACUGUGAUAUUUUUUGAAUCCUCAAUUGUAUUCGAGCAUUGUUGCACGGAAUGCGUACAAUACGUUAUUUAAUAUUUUUAUCUGCUUUUUUGUGUACACAUUGUAUUCUAAUCGGCCGCUCAGCUACCAUGUAGGGAAACGCACAUGUAUGCACGCACAUAGCUCAAGAAACGUUUCAUGAGCCCUGAUUACUACACCUUAUGAUGUGCAAAAUGAAUCUCAAAUCCGUUUAUAGUCUGGAUAAAUCUCAAAUCCGUUUAUAGUCUAGAAUAUAAAUUCGUUGCUAAGAAGAGAGUAAGAGAGACGAAGAGGAAGAGAAAGAGAGAGAAAGGGAGGAAGAAAGAAGCUCGGAUAUUUUUUUAUUUACACUUACGAAAAUGCCAACGGAGAUAUAGCGAGGGAGAUUUAGCGUUAGUGUUUAAAGACGGCAAGCUACACGCGAAACUUACCGUGCAUCUCGCGCGAUCGGAACAUCCUUCCUCUCGCGACGACGACGAUGACGACGACGGCGAUAACGACGACGACGGCGACGACGACGGCGACAACGACGACGACGACGACGACGACGACGACGACGACGACGACGACGGCGACAACGACGAAAACGAUGAGGACGACAAUAGCGACAACGACGACGGGGAUUUGCGAGAAAAAAGAAUGUUGUUUUGAUCGCGAAUUCCCGUCGAUCGAGCGAGGAGCAGGAGUCGGGGGAUUCUCGUUUCGCGAAGCUACCAAUUGUGGAUGUGUACUUAAAUGUAAUGUAAUGAUGAAUAAGUUUAAGAUACUACAUUGUUACGCAAAGGGACAUUAAAAACGAGUCGAAUUAAUAUUGUUACGUAGCAACAAGUACAACCCCAAAACAAGGGUCCACUCGCAACUAGAUACAGAGAUCGCAGAUCUGUCCGUUUUUGAAUGUCUAUAGAUUUUUUAUGUGAAUCCGUUGGAUCAAACACCCCGAUUGUUCCGGUACUAUGAGGGAGUAUGUGCCUGCAAAUUGUAUUAAAAAAAAAAAAAAAAACGUGCCGAGAGCGCGAAGAGACGAUCGCGCGCUAGCUUUUAGUUAACCGGCGAUUUCAUUAGGAUCGGCGUGUGAUGUCGAUGUGGCAAAUAAAAUACCGCGGUGUACACCUCGCAUACUGUACUGUGUCGCGUUUUUCAUCUGAGAUACAACGAAUGCGUUUACCAGACACACACACACACACACACACACACACACACGUAUACGUACACACACGAAAUUCCACCUCGCCGCAAAGCGCGACGCUACGUUCGAGGCUGCAUAUUCUCUCUCGCGAGCGCGCAAUGUAACAGGAAAUGAAGCAUAUUCGGAGCCUCAUCACGUACUUACUCCACAUACGCGCGAAUCACAAUCACCUGAAUUGAACGGCUGUUUGGCGUCGAUUAUAGUCGAUGAAAUGAUCGGUAGCUAUUAGGUUACUGAAACGUCGCUCGAUAUGAAUAUUCUCAAACUUUUUUACUCGUGUAUUAAGUUCUUUUUUUUUCUUUCUUUGUAUAGAAUCAUGUCAUCGUGUGAAAUUGUUUCGAAAUGAACGUAUCUCUAUUGCGAUAUCGUCUAGUACGAUUGCAUCAUAGUAUAAUGUAACAAUCUUUGUGAUGGAGCAAAUACUUAUAAUUUCAAUAAACACGAUGGAUUAUUUCAAUUA